CUGAUUCGUAAAAGAUGGCGACCCGGUGCCGCUGUCAAAACUUGAGAGUUUAAUGUUGUACAACUGGACACGCAGAAACCUGCACGGACUAUCGGUUUGGACUAAUGUACUUGCAUUAACUAAGGACCAUCGCUCGUUCAGUGGAGGCGACUUCUGUGUAAAAGAAGAGGAUGUUUUCUUCCCUAAGGAGGUCACGGCUUUCUUACAUUGGAUGGAGGCAUCUAAGUAUUUUUUCCAACCCAUCUCCAUCUAACUGGACUAAAGUGGUGUCUGAUGCUGAGAAGAUCGUAGGAUAUCCAACUUCAUUGAUGAGUUUACGCUGUUUACUCAGUGACGAGCUCAGCAAUGUGGCCAUGCAUGUCAGGAAGCUGGUGGGAACAAAACACCCUCUGCUUAACACCGCCAGAGGAUUUGUGUACGACAGCCGGAAUAAUCUACAGAUGCGAGGUCUCAUUGUGCUGCUGAUGUCAAAAGCAGCUGGUCCAUGUCCCAGUACCAGUGACCCGAUUCAUGACAGUAUGGUCAGCGGCAUCUACCCCAGUCAGAGGAACUUGGCUGAGAUCACGGAGCUGAUUCACACGGCCUUCCUGGUGCAUCGUGGGAUUGUGAAUCUUAAGGAGUGGACGAACUCGGAUGGCCCCCUCAAAGACAUGCAGUUUGGGAACAAGAUGGCAGUUCUGAGUGGCGAUUUCCUGUUGGCGAACGCCUGCACGGGAUUGGCCCAGCUCAAUGACACCAAGGUGGUGGAGCUGAUCUCUAGUGCAAUUGGAGAUGUGGUGCAAGGAAUCUAUCAUGAGAGCUCCACUUCUGCAGAGGAGGGCAGUCUAACAGUUGCAUCCUGGGAAGACCAGACAUUCCUGUCCCAUGGUGCUUUGCUUGCCAAGAGUUGUCAGGCAGCGAUGAAGCUGGCCAGACACGGUAAUGAGGCUCAGAAUUUGACUUUUCAGUACGGAAAACACCUCGCUCUGGGACACAAGCUGAACUCUGAUCUACAGCCGUUCGUGAAGAGCGGGUCAGAACCGUCUGUGUUUAGUUUGGACUCAGCUCCUGUAGUCUUCCACAGACAGAUCGUUGGACCUGAGCGGUGGUGGCACCAGCUAAAACAGGUUCAGAAUAUGGCUAGACAGAUUGAUUACACAAAGCUCCGGGGCCUGAUAAAGACGGAAAGAGGCGUGAGCCAGGCGCUUGACCUGUGCAGUUACCACGGCAACAAGGCCUUAGAGGCCAUGAAGUGCUUCCCACCCUCAGAAGCUCGGUCGGCACUGGAAAACAUGGCGUGCGCGGUCACCAAGUUCUGAAGAUGGUUUCAAUCUGGCUGUAUAUAUGAAUCCAAUUUUGUUUGAUGCAGUUGAUUAAUGCUGGAGGUUGAUCAUGAUUUUUUUGGGUGCUGUUUUAAGAGGACUUACUUUGGAGUGUUUGCGGUCCCCACCUGCUCUACAGAUGAUGAUUUUUAUGUGGAACUGAUUGAGUCGCACACAGUCGAGUUUACCGGACUUAUACACACUCUAUGCAUUUAGCCAACAAAUCAGCUUUAUCUUUUAAAAUAAAAUGAGAUGUCUUUUUGAAAAAAA